AAACGGGUCGUGUUCAAGAAAGUCUCCCGAGACAAGUCGGUGACCGUCUACCUGCCCAGCAGAGACUUCGUGGACCACUGCGACCACGUGGAUCCAGUGGGUGAGUGCUGCUCUCUCUCUCGCCUUUCCGAAAGGAGCGCUGCUGCGGCUCGAGCUCUGAGCAGGACGAGGAGAGUCAUGGGAUCUGCAGAUUCCGAUCAGAUCGUGGAGCACAGAGUCCAAAGCGAAGACGGCGACGGAGCGUGUGGGCGUUACGCUGCACACAAAUGGAAUAAGUCAGCCCCGAGUGUCAACGCUAUCGAGGCCCGCUGAAAAACUCUUCUCAUUCAGCAUUGCUAAACGGCGUGAUUGUCGUCGACCCUUCGCAGCUGAGAGCAAAACGAGUCUACGUGAUGUUGUCGUGCACCUUCCAAUACGGCCGUCAAGAUGUGGAUGUGAUGGGCGUGGCCUUCAGGCGCGACCUGUUCGUGGUGACCCGUCAGGUUUUCCCGGAGCUACAGGACAAGGAGCAGCUGACGCACAGCAAAAUUCAGGAAAAGUUGCUGAGAAAACUGGACCGCAACGCCUUCCCUUUCUUCCUGGAGUUUCCAGACAACCUGCCCAACUCGGUCACGCUGCAGCCUGGACCGUCAGACGUUGGAAAGAAAUGUGCCGUGGAGUUCGAGGUGAAAGUUUUCUGUGCAGACUGUCGAGGCGACAAAAUGGACAAAGAGAGUUCGGUUCGUCUUAGCGUUCGGAAGAUCCAGUACAGUCCACGGGACGUUGAGGCGUCACCGGUCGCAGACGCCACGUUUGACUUCCUGAUGUCGGACAAACCUCUUCACGUCAAACUGAGUCUGCCCAAAGAGACGUUCUACCACGGCGAGCCGGUCCAGGCCGACGUGGAGAUCACAAACGGGUCCAACAGGAACGUGAAGGACAUCAGCUUGUCAGUGGCGCAGGUGACCAACGUCAUCCUCUACUCCAACGACAAGUACGUCAAGUCCGUGGCCAAAGAGGAAACGUGUGACGGCGCGGCGUCGGGUUCGAGCUUGGCAAAGUCGUACGCCUUGUACCCGCGUCUGGAGCACAACAAGGAACGUCGAGGACUGGCUCUGGACGGGAGCCUCAAGCACCGAGACACCAACCUGGCCUCUUCCAGCAUGGUGAAGCGGGAGGUGUUGAAGGAGCUCCAAGGCAUGUUGGUGUCUUACAAGCUGCUGCUCAAGAUGACGGCUGCAGGACCUCUGGGAUCCAGCGAGGUGUGUGUGGAGCUUCCUUUCAGAUUGAUGCAUCCUAAACCCGAAGCGGCGAGUCUGACGACAUCACCUUCGAGGAUUUCAAACGUUCUUUCCUUCGCGGCGUCAUCGGGGACGGGGACGACGACGACGACGACCAGGACGACGUCUGAACUCCGCAGAGAACGACCUUUACGACCACCGCGCGACCGUAGGCUACAGUUAACAAUAGCGCGACAUAAUAGUGAAAAGACGGCAAAAAGGUAAUUGCCUGUCGUCACGGGGAACAGAAAACCGGGUCCAAAUAAAGUAAACCGAUCUGCAAAGGCUGAAAUGCUAUUACGUAGAAGUUCACACACUGUGUUUGAAUAUUUCCCUCCCAGUAAAAGAAAAAUGCUGACAUGA